AUGUAUGCUAAAAUGUAUCGUAGUCUCCUGGUAUGUGCAGGUCUUUUGAUUGACUGUUGUUAUCUUUAUCAACCAUUUAAUGGACUAUUACUGAAUGGACUAUUACUGAAUGGACUAUUACUGAAUGGACUAUUACUGAAUGGACUAUUACUGAAUGAUUAUUAUAUACUGGUAAAUGUUCUAGACGAUUACAUAUUGAUACAUAUUUUUCUGAAAUAUCGCAUUUUGAUCAGAAUUUUUCUCAAUGACAAUUUCGCCUUCAGAAGAAAUUGUAAACAAUCAACUUUAGGAAAUGAAAAUAGCCAACCAAGAUAUUGUAAUCAUGCAAAUGAUGCGGGUCGCCUGGAAGAUUUCACUAUAAAAACCUAUCACAUGGAUCCAACCAUUUUCUAUUCAUAUGGUAGUUUGUGUUAUCAGCAUACGGGAAAAUUUCCCCCCAAUACCACUGAAGUGAACUGUGCAACAGAGUCGUCCGGUCGAUAUCUAGAAAUCGCCAAACUGAAGGUGAAUACCUCGCCACUGGAAUUAUGUGAAGUAGAAGUUUAUGGGUUCGAAAUUCCAUCUCAAAUGACAGGCGUAGGUUACUGUGAGAAUAAAGAAUCAAGAAUGGCUGGUAUCAAUAUGAAGAUGGAUACCACAACAGCUAUUGAAUGCGCUAGAGAAUGUGACCAUGAACCCAGUUGUCUGGCUUUUAAUUAUGAACAUGUCUCUACCAACAAUAAUUGUAUCCUUUUAACACAGAUUGGCCCGAUAAACUACGAUAUUGGUGUUAGUUAG